UAAAUGACAUAUUAGAUUUUUUUUUUUUUUCAAUUAUUUUGUAAUUAGUUUUAUUAGAGCAAUGUUAAAGCCAAUUUAUCUUGUAUUUCUACCUAUAGUGCUAAGCGUACCAAAUAAUCGGGUAAUAAGAGAAGUGGAUAGUGUUGAACAAGUUAAUUCUCAGUCGACGGAAAUGACACCUUCAACCUCACAAUCAGCAAUACCGUGUCAUGACUUGUCGGAACAUCGUGGCAUUCCGCAAUUAGUUUUUCCCAUGUGUACUAGUACAAACGGUCUCGAGGGGUUACGCAAUGUCGUGAUUCAUGGGAUGGCUUGCACAUGUGACCUCAACACUCAUGAUGUACACAAGAGAGAUGAUUAUCAGUAUACACCCGGAAUCGGAGCACACAAACUUCACACCCGAGGAGCUACGUUCAACAACGCAAGACGGAUAUGUAAUGAAGAAGGUGGACAUCUUGCUGUUAUUGAUUCUCUCGCUGAGGAGCGGGUAUUGUUGGACCUAUUCAAACGUGCGGUUGGAAUCAGAAAUGUGACGAAUGAAGAUCAAGCUUUAAUUGGAAUCCAUGACCUAUUUUCAGAGGGGGAAUGGGUGACUAUUUUAGGCGAGUCUCUACAUAAAAAUGGCUAUACAAAAUGGAGCGACCGGUGGGGUGGACAGCCGGAUAAUGGUGGUGGUGUACAAAAUUGUGGUAGUUUAUUGAAAGAAGGAGGAAUGGACGACGUCAGUUGUAAUGCGCAGUUUGCUUUCUUUUGUGAAAUACCCGGAAUCCGAAUAGCCCAUUAA